UCCGGCUUGGCUGGACGAGGUCGGCGAGCGGCUCAUUCGCGCCCGACGAGGCUCCGGAGCGGGUGGCGCUGCUGCUGCUGCGAAGAAGGAGGAGGAGGAAGGGGAAGGAAGAGCCCGCCGCCGCCGCCGCUCCGCGUUGCGCGCCGGGAGCCAUGGUGGCCGGCCUGCCGCCUCCGCCGCCCCUGCCCCGCCUAUGGGCCUGACGGUGACCGGCCGCCGCCUGCUCUUCCUCCCCGAUGCCCCCAGCGCCCUGGCCUCGCCACCGGGGCGAAGGAGGCUCCUCUGGCCGCCGCUGCUGCUCUUCGCCAUGCUCGCCCUGUGGCUCUGCAUGGUCUACUCCUGCGCCGCCGCCAACCCCGGCUCCUGCGCGCCCGCCCCCGAGGCCUCCGCCCUCCUCCUCCCGGGACCCCCCGCCGCCUCCUCUUCCUCGCCGCAUCACAAGCUGCUCCUGCUCCGGACCAAGGGCCCUCCGCCUCCGCCUCCGCUGAUCCCCGCCGAGGAGGAGGAGGAGGAGGGCGGCGAGGAGGAGGGCAUCCUCGACGGGGCCGGGCCCUCCUCCAACGCCCUCUCCAGCUUCCUCAACGGCUCCGGGACCAAGAAGCUGCCGCAGGCCGUGAUCAUCGGGGUCAAGAAGGGCGGGACAAGGGCGCUGCUCGAGUUCCUCAGGGUCCACCCCGACGUGCGGGCCGUGGGCGCCGAGCCGCACUUCUUCGACCGCAACUACGAGCGCGGGCUCGCCUGGUACAGGGAGCUGAUGCCAAGAACUCUUGAUGGGCAGAUCACCAUGGAGAAAACACCCAGCUACUUUGUCACGAAGGAAGCACCCGCUCGCAUCUCUGCCAUGUCAAAGGACACCAAGCUCAUUGUGGUGGUGAGAGAUCCUGUUACCAGAGCCAUUUCUGACUACACACAAACACUGUCCAAGAAACCUGACAUCCCCACCUUUGAGAGCCUGACCUUCAAAAACAGGACUACAGGCCUUAUCGAUACCUCCUGGAGUGCCAUCCAAAUUGGUAUUUACGCCAAGCACCUGGAAAACUGGCUCCUAUAUUUCCCCAUUGGGCAAAUCCUUUUUGUCAGUGGAGAGAGGCUGAUCAGUGACCCGGCUGGUGAGUUGGGUCGCGUCCAAGACUUUCUGGGUCUCAAGAGGAUCAUCACGGACAAACACUUCUACUUCAACAAGACCAAGGGUUUUCCCUGCCUGAAAAAGGCUGAAGGCAGCAGCAAGCCCCACUGCCUGGGCAAAACAAAAGGGCGGACCCACCCCAGUAUUGACCAGAAAGUGGUCCAGCGACUGAGGGAAUUCUAUAGGCCCUUCAACAUGAAGUUCUAUCAGAUGACGGGACAUGACUUUGGCUGGGAUUGAUCCCUAAUGCAGAAGCAUGUGUCAGAGUUAAUCCCACCAUUCAGCUUGCUUCUCCCUAUAUCUGUAGAUAGGUCUAUAUGUAAAAUGUACAGAAAUCUAUUUUAUAAUAAUUUAUUUUUAAUUCAUAAGCAAUUAAUUCACUAAGCUGCCUAACCACACUAUAGUCCAUAGCUGUGUUUUCUUUUGUUUUUAACAUUCCACAGUGUUGAUUCUUGCUAUGCUCUUGCUCCUUUGGUUGCCUGAUUUGGUUUGUAGUGGAAAGUGCUUCCAGUUAUCAUCCCAGGAGACAUAUUGCAUCAUAAAAGGGGAGAAAGGCAGGUAGGUGAGGGAGAAUUGAGAAAAGCACAAUCUUUUUUCCCCUUUCUGAUACGGGUACUAGGCAUGUAUAAUAGUAUUGUGUGGCCCUUCAAGUCACAUCUCCUGUCUCUUUGUAGAUCAAGCCAUUUGCAAUUCAAUUUCUGUUGAUUAUGAAUCUCAGAUUUUGCAAAUGGUUUAUAAAACUCAGGCCUGGAGGCUGCCUUUUAGGCCACAAUAUAUAAUUCGCUACUUUCCAGCCAUAUUGCUGCUGCUACUUUUUCCAGGUCCAUUGGCUUUGGUGUAUAGAGGUCUCCCUUGCUCCUUAUAGAGCAGGUAUAGGUCACAGAUGUUCUUGGAUUGCAGCUCCCAUCAGCUACAGCUAGCACAGUCAAUGGUUAGUCAAAGUUUGGAAGGAAUAAAUUACAACUGCCACGGUUAUUGAUAAUGGGUUCCUUUCGGUGCAUGUGUGUUUGUCUAACAAGUUUCUAAGGCAAUUAUAUAUUUAAAAUAGAAUAAAAAGUGGGAAGAAAGUUGCUUUCCUGGUUCAAUUAGUAGCAUUUUCUAUUAUAAGAUAUUAUUGUUUAAUGACACUUUUAGAGACAUCUUGACAUGGUAACCCCCUGUUUCCUUAAAAAGGAACAGGAAUUUUAAAAUGAUAAGAGGUACAAGAAGCAACACACUAUGUUCUUCCUUAUGUAUUACAACAGGUAGAAUGCAUGUAUAGUAUUUAUUAUAGCCAUAGACCUGUGCAUGAAAGAAC